CGAUCACGGCAUCGUGUCCAAUGAAUCUGCAAUAUUUUCCAAUGGACCGACAGCUCUGCCAUAUCGAGAUCGAGAGCUUUGGAUACACAAUGCGCGAUAUUCGGUACAAAUGGAACGCCGGCCUACAGUCGGUCGGCAUCUCGAACGAGGUGGAACUACCGCAGUUUCGCGUGCUCGGUCACAGGCAACGACAUUCGACCAUACACCUAUCUACAGUCGGAUACACGAUGAGGGACAUCCGGUACAAGUGGAACGAGGGACCGAACAGCGUCGGUGUCAGCAACGAGGUCUCCCUGCCUCAGUUCAAGGUCCUUGGUCACCGCCAACGAGCCAUGGAGAUUAGUCUAACUACCGGAAAUUAUUCGCGGCUGGCCUGCGAGAUCCAGUUCGUACGGUCGAUGGGCUACUACCUGAUACAAAUCUACAUACCCUCGGGCUUGAUCGUCAUUAUCUCGUGGGUGAGCUUUUGGCUGAACCGUAACGCGACCCCCGCUCGGGUCGCCCUCGGAGUGACCACCGUGCUCACCAUGACCACCCUAAUGUCGUCGACGAACGCGGCGUUGCCGAAGAUCUCCUACGUCAAGUCGAUCGACGUUUACCUGGGCACGUGUUUCGUCAUGGUGUUCGCCUCGUUGCUCGAAUACGCGACGGUGGGCUACAUGGCAAAGAGGAUCCAAAUGAGAAAGAACCGGUUCCAAAAAAUCGCGGAAAGUAUGAAGACGGCGAGGGAAAAUCCGGGCCCACCCGGAGUGCCCGGUGACCACGGCGACCACGCGCCUAAGCAAACUUGGUCCCGUGUUGUCCAGGAGGUGCGGUUCAAGGUCCACGACCCGAAGGCACACAGCAAAGGUGGAACGCUCGAGAACACUAUAAAUGGGCGAGCUGACGAGGAGGCAGCGCCGGCGCCGCAACAUCUCAUUCAUCCUGGAAAGGAUAUCAACAAGCUUUACGGUAUGACGCCAUCGGAUAUCGAUAAAUACUCCCGCAUCGUGUUCCCGGUAUGCUUCGUCUGUUUCAACCUGAUGUACUGGAUCAUCUACCUGCACAUCAGCGACGUUGUGGCGGACGAUCUGGUGCUUCUCGAGGAGGCGAAAUAAACGAAGAUGGCGCGGCGAUCGCGCGUACAAGGCGGACGAAACGUGCGGUCACGAAGGACAGUUACGAAAGUAUUAAUUAGGGACGGGGAUGAGACGAAAGGUUCUACACGAAGAGGGAGGACUAUAUAUACGAGAUCGAUCCAAGGAUCGAUGGUCCAAGCCGAUGAGCGCGAUGGACUGAAAUACAACGCUGUGAUCACUUCGUUACGAGGUUAGAUAAACUGUA